AUGCUCUCAGGCCGCAUGAAGCGAAGUCUAUCCUGGCUCUCAGACAAUGCCUCUGCCGAGCCAAAUGUUCCAAAGGACGUUUUGGGAAUGGACAUGGCAGAGAAUUGGCUUAUUCGACCAGACGUACACCCUUUAAUUAAAGCCGCAGUUGCAUUAGGCCUGAGCCAAAAAGAUCUCUCAUACUCCCAAGAGCUGGGUGGAUCUCCAGGCCUUCUAAAUGUAUCGGCAGCAUUUUUCAAUCGUUUCUUCUCUCCUCAAAUUCCCGUUUUGCCCGAGCAUAUUUUGACAAGCACAGGAUGUUCGACGGUCAUUGAGUCCCUCAUAUUUUCCAUUUGUGAUACUGGGGAUGGCAUACUUCUCGAAACACCCAUGUGGGAUGGGUUUGCUGUCACGUCAACGCUGAGGAAUAACGUCCAUAUAGUUCCGGUGGAACACUCAACACGACCAAAAAAUGCAUCAGAUUUUGUACAGCAUUACAGCGAAGCGAUGAAACUGGCAACGUGUCCCAUUCGGGGCCUCAUCGUUUGCAAUCCUCAUAACCCUAUUGGUCAAAUCUAUCCUACUCUGUGGUUGGAGGCGCUGCUUCAAUUAUGCGAAGCUCACAACAUUCACUUCAUUUCGGACGAGAUAUACGGUCUUUCGAAUUUUGGAGCGACUACGUGUGGUCAAUAUGCCAAUCCUGAUACUGUGAUCGGACUAGAAACGAAGUUCACGUCGAUCUUGUCGAUAGACCUGAAGCGACUUGGCGUGGACCCAGCCCGUGUACAUGUAGCUUACAGUAUCAGCAAGGAUUUUGGUAGCAGCGGGGUUCGACUGGGCUAUCUCAUUACGCAGUCCAAUCCCGGGCUUCGCCGUGCACUAGCGGUCCUCAACAAAUUUAAAGUGUGUAACAUGACAUCUAUUGCUGUGGCUUCUCUCUUUUCGAAUCUGCAGACGGUUGGAAUUAUGCUGGACAAUAACAAAAUUCGUCUGCGCAAAGCAGCGGAGAUAGUAGAAGAUUUCUUGUCAUUCCACAAGAUUGUUUUCUACUCACCGGUUGCUGGUUGCGUCAUGUGGGGGCGCAUUGGGGGCGAGCGAGCAACAAAGGAAACCGACGCAGAGCUAUUUGGAAAACUUGCAGCAGCAGGUGUGGUCCUUGGGGCCGGUUCCAGGUUCAAGAGCCAAGAGCCGGGCUGGUUCAGAAUUACGUUUGCUCUACCCCGGAAGCAUCUGAUCGAAGGACUCCGCCGAAUCGAGAUUGGGAUGGAGGCAACGCGAAGGUGGAUACCCGAGAAAGCCCAACUGUGA